AUGGAGAUGGCGGAAAGCGGCAAUGUCAUGCAUCAUUUUAAUGAAGUCCUCAACAUCAGAGCGAAGCUCAGCAGCAUCAGCGCCAAGAUGGAGGACGAGGACCAGCGCAAACUGCAACUGCGCGACGCUGUCAAUGUGUUGACGAACGAUCAUAUCAAGCAUCAAGGUGCCAAGUCUGCGGCGGUGAAGGCUGAAGAAGUGACCAAGGCCUUCAGUACCGAGCGCGAGGUUCGUCGAUGCUCGUUCUGCGGAAAUUGGGGAGAAGUGGAACGUUGCUGGACCAAGCAGAAGGAGAGAAUCGGGGAGCUCGACGCGGUAGCAAUGCUCCUGGACGCGGAGCGAAUCAAGUCCAGUGGCAAGGAUACAACAGCAACAACAACUGCGACUACGAUCGAGUGGUGUUUGCUGUUUCACUGGAAUGCGUAA